AUGGAUAUACCACUGGAUAUUGCCAAGGGGGCUCUGGAGAUCGUACUUUUUGCCAUUGAGAUCAAGGGAAUCCCCGCAGAAGUCGAAGAGCACAUGGGCCAGAUGCGGCUCUUCAACAAUGACAUCAACCGACUGGUCAGCCUCAGGGACGCCAACAAGGACGAGCUGCCACCAGACCGCCAGCUUCACCACCAAGAAGUCAUCAAUGGUGCCCAAAAGGUCCUGCAAGAAGCCUGCACCAUCCUGGCCAGGUGCGACCCCGACAUUGUCGACCACGGCAGGAUGUCGCUGAUGUCGAGGUUAUCCUGGAAGAUUGACGUGUCGUCCGAGUUCAAGAGCAUCCUGCCCAGGGUCGCUCAGUACGAGACCAGGGUCACCGGGGCGAUACAGGAGAUAUCGUUCUUCAACUACCUCCAUCCCGUUCGGAGCGAAGCCAUGAGGACCCUUCGGGAAUCGGAACAGAUGGAGAGGGAGGCCAUCGCAAAGGAGGACGACAUUGGCGCACUCCUGAGGUCGAGGACAGGCAGCUUCUACAACCCGCCUCUGCCACCAAAACGCAAACCCCUCGAGGACAAGGACAAGCGAAACAGUCUCGGACGGCGCGGGGAGCAGCCCCAGUCCUUGCCGAGUGCAGACCCGGCCACCCCCAGACUGGGCGGUCGCCGCUCUCAGUUCUUCAAGAAGAGCCCCAAACCCAUAGCGACGGAUGCAGGUUCUCAGCCAAAACCACGGCCCAUGUCGUCCAUGCCUCUUGCGGCCGUCGGCAUCCCAGAAGAGGAAGACGCGGUCUCGGUGGCUCCCUCGGAAAAGAAAGGCACCUGGUGGCGCAAGUCGUCGUCCUUGUCCAGGUCGAGCUCCGACGCAAGCUCCCAGUCCCGCAACCAGCCCCAGGUCCUGUCGCAUCCAACCUCCCCCACCGACGACAACACCCCGUGGCAAGAGAAGCAGCAGUCGCCACAGCAGUCUCCAAGGCCAGACCUCCGACAUCGAAUGUCCAUGCUCAGCUUCAAGCGCAGCUCCCUCCCCAGCUUCCCGGACCCAGCCGCAUCGCCGGCCACGGCCGUGUCGUCGCUGUCGAGAACGUCGUCGGGCCGGACCACGGCCACACACGCUUCCCAGUGCAACUGCGGCGCACGAUCUCCCACGUCCCCCACGUCUUCGUACCUGUUUACGUCGCCGCCCACGUCGUGCGCUUCUACGCCGAACAUCCCCCAAGCGGACCUCGCAGGUCCCACCUGGUCCGUCUACAGCGGCGGCGGCGGCGACUCUUAUACCCCCAAAUCCACGUACUUUGGGCUGCCGUCGCGGCCGCAGCGACCUGUGUUUGUGUCGCUGGAAGAUCGAAUGAGAAAUGGCGACUACCAGACGGUGGCAGAGGAUGAUGAAGAAGAAUACGCCGAGCUGGGCGAGCUGGUUGAGCUGGCCGAACUGCCGUAG